GUGUGGUUGCUCGGCCGGAUGAAAAAGGAACAGACAGACACUAGAAGAACGUUACAACAAAUUACUACAUAAAGAAAACUGUUUUGCCGGCAGACGUCAUCUUUGAUCCCGUGUAAACCCACAAGUGUAAAUUUUUAGUGAACACGAAGUAGUUAUAUUAAAAAAACUGCUUAACAACGAGACAAAGAACGAACAACCGGUUCAUUUUAUAAAACUUCGAAGGAAAUUUCCAGCUUUGCUCUUUGGGAUUUUAUAAUCAGCCCUUAGAUACGGAUAUGCGGAAAUUUGCUCGAAAGGCCUUUUCAGACUACCUGCUAGCGACAAAUCUCACGUUGGGUUCAGGUUUUAUGCUGGCUGGAGAUGUUCUAGCUCAAAAAGUGACCAGGGCGUCGAACGAUGAAGCGCACAACUGGAAAAGAACAAAAAAUAUGGCAAUUAUGGGAACUGGCUUCGGUGUUCUGGGCCAUUUCUGGUACAGUUUUCUAGACCGGCGUUUUCCAGGAAAAACUUGGGCCGUUAUUCGAUCAAAACUUCUAGCAGAAUGUGCUGCUACUCCGGCAUUUGCAGGCUACACAUUUGUAUCCUAUGGCAUACUGCAGGGUAAAAAUUUACAGAGCUGUGGACAUGACUUUAAAGAAAAACUGCACCUGGUCUGCAUAGCCGACUGGUUUGGAUACGUACCGUUACAAGCGAUCAACUUCUAUUAUGUUUCGCCGCAAUACCGAUUUCUGUUCGUAUGCAAUUUGGCCGUUCUCUACGACUGUUUUCUUGCAUGGUUACUUAAUAAGCCCCACUCUUCCGCGAUUCCAUCAGAAGAAAAUGAACCCAGUGACCAACAUUAGAGACAGAUAGAGAGAGGGAGAUGCUACGAUCUAUUCAGGUGUAACAGUUUUUAUCAAAAAAAAUUGUUAAAUAUUUAAUUUUUAUUAUUAAAAAUUCUAUGUGGACUUAGCCAGUUACAUAAAGCCGUGUUAAUAAAGAAAUUUAUUUUAGAUAGUCAGACUGUCAUUGCGGAAGACGAGUUAUUAGCCUAAUUCAAUCAACAAAGCCAUCUGUUGGUAAGCGAUAAUUAAAGUGAAUGUGCAUUGUCAUGUGGUAGGGGAAGUAGCUUCAUAAGAAUUGAGAACGAUUCUUUAGGUUUCAGUUUAGGUAUUUGAAGGUCGUUGCAAGCUAGACUAGCCGAUUCCGCACAGUUAACUUAUGUGAUUUUAACGAGCUUCACACGUACUUUAAUUGAAAAAAGAUCAGUUUCAUGUUGGUUUCUAUUAAAUUAGCCGUUUAAGUUUUACGAAGUUUUUCGGUAUGUAUUGACAGCCAAGGUUAAAAGUGCCCCUCGAUUUUGAUAAACAUGUAGAAUAAGCCAGCCGAGUUACUUUGAAAUAUUAUUAGAAGAAGCUUAUGGUCAUUUUGGUCAAAGGUGUUUUGCGAUAUAUUUAUUUAGGUAAAUGUUUACCUUUCUGAUGAUGGUCGGCGUUCUGAGCUUAUAACAGCGUGCGAAACUGGUAGCGAUACCCCCUGACCUCUUAAUGUACCAUAUUCCAUUUUAUUUGUAGUCAGAACUCACAAGCAUAAUUACGUUCUUUCCACUAUAGCAAUUACUGGUAGGCUUCAUUAGUUCUCACUUCAAAAAUAACCACAACAAACUAUAAAAACGUUCGAAGUACUUCCCUCAAUUGUAAUACCGCAGUUCUAAAAAUGAUUCAUCUAAACGUUUUAAAGAUGCACUAAAUCAAUCAAACGUUGUUCUCUUUCUGUCAUUUGCAAACAAUCAAUGAAUUUCACCCCAAAUGACCUCCUGAGUAAAUGCAAUA